AUGCCUUUCUACCAACACCAACGGAUGCCGUCAGUUCCUUUGACACCAAGGCCGUUUUCACCUUCCAUAAUAACUGCUAGCAUUAGCAGCGAGACAUCAGCCGAAAUCUACACUUCGGACACCGAACAGUUUACCCCCGAAACCACACCAUCCACUUGCCAUCACCCAGGGCCAAAGUUAUCGGCGACGCGUCGCAACCCCACGGAAUCUCCAUCAUCAUGUCGUUGGUCAGACAUCGUACCCCCAAACUCGGCUCUCACUUUUGCCGUCGUCUGGGAUCCAGAAGAUGACAUGGUAGCUUUCUCCGGUGCAGAGCUUUUCGAAGACUCGAACGAACCAUCGUCAUCGUCCUCUGAGAAUUCGCCUACUUCACCCACGGACGCGUGUUCUCAGAUUCUUACUAUCCCACUCUCAGAGAAUACAGGUAUCUACACAGGCACCCUCCAGUAUUUCAGAGAAAACCACGAUUGGUUGUUUAAUGAGGACGACCACGAUGGUGGUGGAAGGUUCCGACUAAGGUCGAGCUUAGGGUUGAGGGAGAGGUUAAAAUUGGGUCAAACACAGGCGUCUUCAACGAUGGGAGAGUUGGAUGUCUAUCUCCGUGGGUCGUUGAUGGGGAUGGCUCAUCGGGAGAAUACCAAGAAGUUCCAUUCGUGUUUUGGAGUCUUGGAUGGAAAAUUUGAGUUUGAUCCCAAAAUGGAGUUUGAAGAAAUGUGGGCGAAGAUUAUGUCAAGACGGUCUAGGGUGGCGACUAGUACGGAGAACAAGGACGAGAUUGAAGAUGAGGGUUUCUUUGAGGUUGAGUUUGAAGCAAAGAAACUCACGCCCGCGGAAAUGGAAGCACCACUAAAAAGACCUCGUUCCCCAGGUCUUUCAACCGACAACCGAGAAGCUUUUGAUGACGAGGACGACCUACUAUCAUGGCAAACUAUCGAAUGCCCGGAGGAAAUCCACCGGCUCAGUAUUGCCUGUCUCAACAUGGUUCAUCCCAAUGAACCUCGUCGUCAACAUCCCAAACUCAAAAAGCGUCGACGUCCGUCUGAUAUUCCUUGUCCUCCAGCUGAAGUGUUACAAAGGGAGAUAUUCAGCCAUCAGGUUUCUCUUGAACCUGAGCCGCCUCGUCUGACUCAUGCUGGGGUGUUAGCAUCACCAUUAUCAUCGAAGGAGCCAUGUUCUCCGAUUGGAAAGUUGUGCAGGACCUUGUCGGCGAAGAGGAAUAGAGGGUACCCUCUUGAGCGGUGGGAUUGUGUGGAGGUUGUACAAGAUAAGGAGAAGACGGCACGAGCCGGCUUUUGA